UUGAGUUUACCUCCAAAAUAUGUCUUGACUUUGUCUACUUCUUUGCCACCAUCCUGAUCUAAGUCCUGUCAUCUCCUGGUUGGACCACAACCCUCAGUCUUCUGGGUUUGAGUGUGAAGAUGCUUAAAGAGCGUCCUGAGAUGGCAGAAGUUCCUCAGCAGCAGAUGGGUGUUCCUGUGGUAAAAUUGGAGAAAGAAUUGCCAUGGGGCAGGGGAAGGGAGGACCCUAGUCCUGAGACUUUUCGGCUGAGGUUUCGACAGUUCCGCUACCAGGAGGCAGCUGGUCCCCAGGAAGCCCUCAGGAAACUCCAGGAGCUCUGUCACCAGUGGUUAAGGCCUGAGCUGCACACCAAGGAGCAGAUCCUGGAGUUGCUGGUGCUGGAGCAGUUCCUGACCAUCUUGCCCCAGGAGUUCUAUACCUGGAUUCGGGAGCAUGGCCCAGAGAGUGGCAAGGCCCUGGUGGCCAUGGUGGAGGACUUCACAGAAAGAACACUGGAGGCCAAGGCGGUUCCAUGCCAUGUGCAGGGAGAACAGGAGGAGACAGCACUUUGCAGAGGCCCUUGGGAACCAGGUGUCCACCUGGGACCAGUGGAGGUCAAGCCUGAGUGGGGGCUGCCCCAUGGGGAAGGCGUUCAAGGCCUGGACCAAGGCACCGAGGAGCAGCUCCAUCAGGACCCUGGUACUGGGACGCAGGCCUUCCAGGAGCAGGCUCUACCAAUUCUUCAGGCUGGUCCUGGCCUUCCCCCAGUGAAUACCAGAGACCAAGAGAUGGCAGUUGGGUUCCUUACAGCUGGGUCCCAGGGGUUGGGACCAUUUAAAGAUAUGGCUCUGGCCUUCCCAGAGGAAGAGUGGAGGCAUGUGACCCCAGCCCAGAUAGACUGCUUUGGGGAAUAUGUGGAACCACAGGACUGUGGGGUCUCACCUCCAGGCAUUGGGAGCAAGGACAAGGAGGCCAAAAUCCCGCAGGCAGACCUCAAGGGGGCACUUGCUCAGGGGACAUCAGAGAGGUUUGGGGAAGCUGCCUUCCAGAGCCCUGAGCUUGGAAGAACCUGUGAGCAAGAGCCUGGUAACUCUGUGGGAAACAUGCCAGGGCCGCCGCCUGCCCAGCAUGGCACCCCACCCGUGCCCAGUGACCUCAAGACCCACAGCUCCUUCUGGAAGCCUUUUCAGUGCCCUGAGUGUGGAAAAGGCUUCAGUCGGAGCUCAAAUCUCGUCAGACACCAGCGAACCCAUGAAGAAGAAAAAUCCUAUGGCUGCGUUGAGUGUGGAAAAGGGUUCACCCUGAGAGAGUACCUCAUGAAGCACCAGAGAACCCACCUGGGGAAGAGACCCUAUGUGUGCAGUGAGUGCUGGAAAACCUUCAGCCAGAGGCACCACCUUGAGGUCCACCAGCGCAGUCACACGGGGGAGAAGCCCUACAAGUGUGGGGACUGCUGGAAAAGCUUCAGCCGAAGGCAGCACCUUCAGGUGCACCGGAGGACUCACACUGGGGAAAAGCCCUACACCUGCGAGUGCGGCAAGAGCUUCAGCCGGAACGCGAACCUGGCCGUGCACCGGCGAGCGCACACCGGGGAAAAGCCGUACGGGUGCCAGGUGUGUGGGAAACGGUUCAGUAAAGGGGAGCGGCUCGUCAGACACCAGAGGAUACAUACGGGGGAGAAGCCCUACCACUGCCCAGCCUGUGGGAGGAGCUUCAACCAGAGGUCCAUUCUCAACCGGCACCAGAAAACUCAGCAUCGCCAGGAGAUCCCUGUGCAGUAAGGGUGCCCUGUGGAAAUGCAUCUUUGUUUGCUAAUACAAGGUGCUGGACAAGGUGGGACCUUCCAGGACCACCAAGUGGAGGGAGACCUUACUGGAGGAUGUCAUUCAUCUUUACUCACUGAAGAGCUUUGGAGGGGAUGUUGCGGGGUAAUGGGGUGCAAAAAGACACCUUGACCCGUUUUCUUUCCACUUGUUCAAAAGGAAUAGGGCAAGGCCGGAUUUAUUUUGAGUUCCCAGAGAGCACAGCUUCUUCCAAGUGGUGCUAACAGUUUUUCUUACUGUCUUUUGGGGAAACGAUAUCCUGGAUUUUAGUCCAUGUUUAGGUUUUCUCCUUCAGUGGGAUAUUCAUAUCCACUUCCUGAGCAAGUCUGGUAGUCAAGGCAAAAUUUUAUCUGAUGUUGGCAGCUUGAACCUAAUUUUUUGAGGUCUGUAUUGUGCCUGCCAGGAUACGGACUCUGUCUGCUGCCCUCUCCCCCACACUGUUUUCCAUUGAACAAAUAUUUAUUGAACACCUACUAUAUGCCUGGUACUGGGAAUAAAAAUGGUGAAUGAAACAGGUGAUAUCCUGUUCUCCUGGAGCUUGUGACUUAGCACUGGAAGCACACACAAAACCAUUAAUUAAUAUGUUCUAAAUCAUGUUUGUGGUGAGUGCUGUAUGAGAAGAUAUUCUUGUGCUCACUCAUUCUGCCCUUCUUGCUUGGGUGCUGGGUCUUUCCCUCCCUUGUGGGGAUCACUCAGGCAGCCUUGUUUAUUUUACUUUAUUUGUAGCCCCUUUGUAGCAUUCUACCCUCAUCUGUAAAGUUUUUCCAUUCCAUUUCUUGUACUAUAACAACUGUCCACAUGUCUAUUAGGAAAUUAAUAUUUUGCUAUUGAUCACUGAAUAAACAGAGUAUUUUUAAAAAACAUUCAGUUCUGUAUAAAGAUCUAAUAAGUCUGAAAGGUGAACUAGUAUUAAUACUCUAUAUUUGAAGGCACCUUAUAGUAUAUAAAAUGCUUUUCUCUGUGUUCUCACUUGAUUAAUUUCCAUAUAUACUUAUUGAGCCCAUUAGUGUGCCAGGAACUCUUGUAGGUGCUUGAAAUAUAUCAGUGAAUAAAAUGGGAAAAUCCCUGACCUUGUGGAGCUUACAUUUUAUUGAAUCUAUUUGAUCUUCAGAACCACCCAAGGUGGAACCCAUGGAUGCUCCCACGAACCCUCUGGACCUGGGAUGUGAGCCUGUGCCUUGGUCCUGUCAGCUUCUAGCCCUGCAGUGCAUUUGCCACCUACCUUUUGUUAUUGAAUAAUCUCUGUCCUCAGUGCAUGUAGAUUCUUGUCAUCUGAGGUGCUUGGGGUCCUGAAUGCCAAUUGGAAAUGACGAGGCGGUAGCAAUCUAUUUUGCAUGAGUGCCAAUUUAGGAAAAAUAAAGAUGUUUGUAGGCAUUUAAAAAACGCAUUUCUUUAAAAAUGAGAAGAUGCAGUAUUUGUAUGAGUGUUUAAGCUUUCUUAUAUUAUUUUGCCAUCACUAAAGGAUUUCCUUUCUGUUUGAAAUUCUGGAGACUGCAUAAUUUGCAUGGACUACAUUGCAGUGUUGUAAUUCUGUGCCUCUUAACGCUGGCUGCUGAGUAAGUCCUUUGUGUACUAUAAUUGCAGAUGUGAUUUGUCUCAAGAUGCCUUUAAUAUUAUUUUUUUGGGAUUUUCCCCCCAUUUUCUGUUGUAAAUAAGAUAAAUGGUAAUGACUUCAA